AGUGUAAAGUGGUAAAUCUGUCAAGUUUAUUGUGAACUGCUAAAAAUAGUAAAAAAUGUUACAAUUGUUGCGUUAAGUGGCUUGAAAAGGUUUCAUCGAAGUCGAGUUGUUCAAACUGAUAAUAAAUUAGUCAAACUGUGGAAGCGCAAUGUGAGGUUAUGAUGCAAAAAUUUUGGGCAUGGAAUUCCCUCUGCAAGAUUUUGACAUCGACCAAGAAACCGAUUUUUUAUUAGGGAAUCAAUCGAGUCAUGGGAAUGAAAUGGAGAUUCAAACUAAAAAUAAUCGUAGUCCUAAAAGACGUAGAAGCAUAGGAGCCGUUCUUUGCAGUUGUUGGUGCUCCAUUUUCCGGAAAUGUUGUGGCCCCCGCGAACUCAAGCCCCGGAAAAUUAUGCUAGGGAGUCAAACCCCCGGCCAAUUUCCCGCCAACGCCAUCAGAAACCAAAAAUACAACAUCAUAACAUUUCUUCCGUUGGUUCUCUACCAGCAAUUCAAGUUUUUUCUAAACUUGUACUUUCUCAUAAUGGCAACGUCUCAAUUUGUGCCCGACAUUCGAAUAAGCUACUUGUACACCUACUGGAUCCCUCUGUGUUUUGUACUCACGGUCACAAUUUGCCGCGAGGCCAUUGACGAUUUAAGGAGAUACAAACGCGACCAAGAGGUCAAUAACCAAAAAUGCAAAAGGUUGCUCAAUGACAGGAAUAAGCCCUUCGAAAUCGUCGCGGCUCAUAAAUUACGCGUUGGUGACCUCAUUAUUGUGGAUAAGGAUGAGAGAGUACCCGCAGAUUUGGUUCUUUUAAGAACCUCUGAAAGCAGCGGCGCAGUUUUUGUUAGGACUGAUCAGUUGGAUGGAGAGACCGACUGGAAGUUGAGACUGGCGGUUCCCACGACCCAAAAACUUGCUACUGAUCAUCAACUAUUUGAAAUCAGCGCGAAGAUAUACGCAGAGAAGCCUCAAAAGGACAUUCAUUCGUUUAUAGGGACUUUUAGUAGAUUAGAUUCACUGAAUUCGGAUGAAAGUCUAGACUUGGAAAACACACUUUGGACCAAUUGCGUAAUCGCCUCUGGCCAGGCUUUGGGGGUGGUCAUCUACACAGGUCCCGAAACGCGAUCUGUUAUGAACAAUUCAACGCCUCGUUCCAAAGUUGGUCUUUUAGACAUUGAAGUAAACACAAUAACGAAAUUACUUUUUGUCGCCGUAAUCGCUCUCGCUUUGAUCAUGAUGGCUCUAAAAGGAUUUGGAGGCCCCUGGUACCGAUAUUUGUUCCGGUUUAUUUUACUUUUCUCAUAUAUAAUUCCAAUCAGUUUGAGAGUGAAUUUGGAGUUGGGCAAGUCGUUCUACUCGUGGGCCAUUGGCAAAGACCCGAACAUGGCCGGAACCGCGGUUCGGUGCACGACAAUACCUGAAGAAUUAGGGAGGAUUUCGUAUCUCUUAACCGACAAAACGGGGACUCUAACUCAAAAUUCGAUGGUGUUAAAACGACUUCAUUUGGGAACUGUCAGUUACGCGGCUGAUAGUUUUGAGGAAUUGAGUGCCACCCUCAAAUCGACUUAUUUAGGUAGCGACACGACUUCUUCAAAAACUAAGUUUCGCAGAUCUGAAAAUACGAGAAUUAGAGAUGCCGUUCAAGCAUUGGCUUUGUGUCACAAUGUAACUCCGGUUUAUGAAAACAACGAAGAUUCAGGUUCGAUAACGUCUGAAGCGGAAGCCGAUCAACAUUUGCAAAUUGGAGGAAAACAAGUGGUUUCGUAUCAAGCGUCAAGCCCCGAUGAGGUCGCUUUGGUGCAAUGGACCCAAGAAGUGGGUCUAGCUCUCAGUCGACGAGAUCUCUCUUCUAUGCAACUAAAGGGGCCCGAUGGUCGGCAUUAUGAUUACACGAUUUUGCAGGUGUUUCCGUUUACAAGCGAAACGAAACGGAUGGGAGUUAUAGUCAAAGACUUACAAACUGGCGAAAUAAUUUUCUAUUUAAAAGGUGCUGAUGUUGUGAUGUCGCCAAUUGUACAAUACACAGAUUGGUUAGAUGAAGAAGUGGGCAAUAUGGCUAGAGAUGGGUUGAGGACGUUGGUGGUGGCUCGCAAAAUGCUAACUGAGGAACAGUAUUCAGAUUUUGAGAGCCGCUACAAUGCCGCCCGCCUUUCCGUGACUGAUCGCGUGUCACGCGUGGCCCAGGUAGUCGAAUCUCUCGAACGUGAAAUGGAGCUUCUCUGUAUCACCGGUGUCGAAGACAAGCUCCAAGACAACGUUCGACCUACCUUAGAACUUCUCCGCAACGCCGGCAUCAAAAUCUGGAUGCUCACCGGCGACAAGCUCGAAACGGCCACUUGCAUCGCGAAAAGCUCACGUCUCGUUUCUCGCACACAAGGUCUUCACAUCCUCAAAAAAGUGGUUACACGAACCGACGCCCAUCUCGAACUCAACGCCUUCCGACGAAAACAAGACUGUGCCCUUGUGAUAAGCGGCGAUAGUCUCGAGGUGUGUCUCUCUUACUACCAACCCGAAUUUAUGGAGUUGGCGACGGCAGCCCCCGCCGUUGUGUGCUGCAGGUGUUCGCCGACGCAAAAGGCGCAAGUGGUGCAGUUGAUACAAAAACAUACGGGAAAGCGAACAGCAGCUGUGGGGGAUGGAGGAAAUGAUGUCAGUAUGAUCCAACAAGCUGAUGCAGGGAUCGGGAUUGAGGGUAGAGAAGGGAAGCAGGCCAGUCUGGCCGGAGAUUUCAGUAUUCGGCAGUUUUCGCAUUUGGCGAAUUUGCUGCUCGUUCAUGGGAGGAGGUCGUAUAAGAGGUCGGCGAGUUUGGCACAGUUUGUCAUUCAUCGCGGGUUGAUUAUUUCGACAAUGCAGGCCGUUUUUAGUAGUGUUUUUUAUUUGAGUUCAGUUGCAUUGUACCAAGGAUUUUUGACGGUGGGGUAUGCUACAGUGUAUACCAUGUUUCCGGUAUUUAGCUUAGUCUUGGACCAGGACGUUAGUGCCGAAAUCGCAUUAACCUACCCAGAAUUAUAUAAAGAGUUAGCAAAAGGCCGGAGUUUGUCAUACAAGACAUUUUUUAUGUGGGUCUUGAUAUCAAUAUACCAAGGAGGGGUGAUAAUGUACGGCGCUUUGCUUUUGUUUGAAGAUGAGUUUAUUCACAUAGUGGCGAUAAGUUUUUCGUCUUUGAUUUUGACGGAGUUGAUCAUGGUGGCCUUGAAUAUAAGGACGUGGCACUAUUUGAUGAUUCUAGCCGAACUCAUUUCUCUCGUGUUGUAUCUUUUGUCAUUGAUUGUUUUACAUGACUAUUUCGAUUCUGAGUUUAUUCGGACGAAAGAUUUUAUUUGGAAAGUAUUAGUGAUAACAUUGAUUUCGUGCUUGCCUCUUUAUAUUUUGAAAUUUUUGAGGAAGAAAUUUUCGCCGCCGAGUUACAGCAAGUUAUCGUGAAUUUUCGUCAUUGUGAUAAGUUCGUUUGCAUUUCUCUUUUCGAGUGAGAAGUUGGAUUAUGUUCAGAUUUGCUUUAUUUUUAUUUUUUUUAUAGAGAAAAAUUUAUAUUAGACGAGUAACUAGUUCCUGUUUAUUUCAGUUAGUUUUAUUAAUAUUUAUUUUCUUUGUUAUUACUAGUGAUAAGUCGAAAUAUCGCAUAACUAUUUUUGUGAUAAUUUUCACAGUGACGCUAAUAGGCAUAGAUUAAUAACAAAGAAAUAAUCACUGAUAGUCUAACAAUAUUUUUGAUUGUAUUUAUUUUGAUUCAGUUUUUUUUUUUUUUCUAAAUUAUUUGUUUGAGGAAUGCAAAUCACAUACUACUACCCAAGUCAAUGAAUGUAUUUUAUUUUGUUAAAUAUUACAAUAUUCAUGUUAGAAUAUUUUAUUAACUAACUUUCAUAUUAUUGUUAAUUUAAUAACUAAAUGUAAAUUAUUAAUAUAUUCUACUUAUUUAA